AUGCCAAAGUCAAAAAAGCCUCUCUCGACUAGAGAUGUGCCUGCUCGGUUCCUCGAGGCUUCAUUCCUCGUAGGCCAUGUCCCACAAAUGGCAUUGCAGUCCGACCCACGGGUUUCCUAUUCCCUCUACGUCCCACCAGAGCCAUAUAAAUUACUUGCCGCGAGUCCAGACAAGGAUAAUGCGACACAACUACCACUUCUAGUAAACAUACAUGGAACCAGACGAAAUCUCUCUGCCAUCUAUGGCGAUCUGAAGACCUUUGCCGACUCAAUACCGUGUGCAGUCUUGCAGCCAUUGUUUCCGGCCGGUAUCGAAGGACCCAACGAUCUAGACUCGUACAAGAGACUAGCAUCCAAGAGUCUCAACUCAAAUCUCAGAUUACUGUCAAUUCUCGAUGAAGUUGGCACACGCUGGCCACACAUCGACACAGAAAAGAUUUUCCUAAUGGGCUUCUCUGGCGGUGGGCAGUUCGCCCAACGCUUCCUAUACAUCCAUCCUGAUCGUCUUUCAGCCGUUAGUAUUGGAGCGCCUGGAAAAGUCACACUACUCGAUGAGCAACAAACGUGGCCCAAAGGAAUCAAAGAUGUUCAAAAUGUGUUUAGUCGCUCAAUCGAUUUGGGUCUGAUCACAGCUGUUGACAUCCACAUGGUUGUCGGAAGCAAAGACACAGGAGCUCAUGGUGGUAACGACUUCAAGCAAUGGCAAGAAGAGAUGAAGAAGAAGACUACCAAGGCCAAAGAUGCUGGCUCCGAUCAAGAAGCUGCUCUGACCUCGAAUAUCGAGGCCUCUGAGGCUGGCAAAGGAAGACUAGGCACUCUGCUAAAUGUUCAGAGGCUGUGGAAAGAUCAAGGUAUAGAAGCUCAUCUUGAUAUUGUUGACGGAGUGGGUCACUCAGCAGAUGGUGUUCGAAGCCGCGUUCUGGAGUUCUUCAGACCUCUCAUGCAGACAACGGAUAAACUCUGA